AUGGUAGAUGACGGAAAGCAAUCCCACUUCUGGACAGCCUACACCAUCAGUCUUCGUUCAAGCUACCUGACUCUUCGCUGUGACAUGCAGUAUACCGUUGAGUCUUACAGCCCUCAUCGAUUCUCACAACAAUUCAACUUUUACCAAGACAUACCUGAAAAAUUGGUGGAAGAAGCAUGUCCCCUCAAUCUACCCAAUGUUGUAGGACUUUGGCAAUCCUGCACGAAGCUUGGCACCAAGGCAAAACUGAGAAUUCUUGUCUCUUCGCACAGAGGCCUUACCACAAAGCGAUAUCAAGAGUGGUGGACAAAGCAUGCAAGCAACUUUAUUAAAGCAGACAUUGAGCUUGCCGAGAAGCAAGAAAAGCCCAAGACUCCAGUCAGAAUUUGCCUAACCAAGGGCAAGGGAGCAGUUACACCUAUUGAGAAUGCCCAUGAAGUUGAAGGCACUAACGCAAUAGCAAGCAAAACCAAAGCAAGCAAAGCUAAACCAAGCAAGGCCAAACCAGUAGUUCUACCUACUAUCGGUAACGAGGAAGUUGACGGCACUAAUGCAACAUUAGGCAAAGCCAAAGCAAGCAAAACUAGACCAAGCAGGGCCAAACCGAAAGUUCCACUUGUUGUUAGCACCCAUGAAAUUGAUGGCGCCAAUGCAACAUUAGGCAAAGCCAAAGCAAGCAAGGAUAGACCAAGUAAGGCCAAACCAAACCAAGGAAAUGAUCUACCCAAAGAUGCAUCCAAAGAAAUGGAGAGAUCAACUCUCAAGCCUGAACCUCUCUUGAAGAUUUCUGCUCCAAAAAUUCCAUCCGUGAUUGUCAAAAAUCCAACCACCGAAAAUAGAGACAAGAAAAUAAGCCUUGUGAUUUGUGAUGCGGACAGCAACUCUAGCCAAGGUGAUCGUCACUGGAAUCGCCCCAAGAAGCAGAAAAACAUAGCCCAAGUCACACCCUUGGAGGAUAUCCACAUUGACACGGACGGUUUUUUCCAAGAUGUGCCUGAUAGCAGCACACCUUUGGAGGAUUUAGAAGCACAUUUGGGAGUCAACAACUUGAAUCUUGGUGAUGAAAUAUACUCUCAAAGUAGUGGAGGUUCUAUAGAUGGUCCAGAUUCCUUUGGAUUGCUUUCUCGUAAGGGAAAAUCUGUCGAAGAAGCAUCAUGUCAAAUUUCUCAUGAGAAGGCUCCUGUUGACAUGCCCAAAGUGCCAAUAACAGAACCAAGACAAUUUCGAGUGAGACCUUUUUGUCCCACCUUAUCCGAUGUUGGUGUCUUUCAAGGGAUAGAUGUGAUUGCUAAAAGUCGGCGCAAGUAUGUCUCAGGGUUGUGGUCCCAACUUUCACAUUAAAUCGAGAAAACCAGCUUGGAUCAUGUUGACGAUAUUGAAGAUGAGGCUGAGAAGGUCCUUGAAGAGAUGAGAAACAUGAAAGUAAUGGACAUUUCUCCGUUACAGCGCAACCUUAAAAGCUUCUUUGAUAAUAUUCGGGCAUACAAAAACCGCUCCACUUCUAUCAAAUCAUGUGCAAGUCAGCUGACAAAUAUUUCUCAAACUCUUUCUCAUGCUAAAAUCAGAGAAAAUGAGGUAAUUAAAGAAUCUGAACUUCAUCAACAAGAAUUUGAAGCCCUUGGGGUUAACAAGGCGAAGUUGAAAAGAGCAUUGGAAGGCAUAGACACCAAGCUGAAGGCCAAAGAAGCAAUGGUUGUUGCAAAU